AUGAAAACAAGUUAUGUUAGGAGAUCAAGAUCGGGAUACAGAAAAAAUGCUCCGAAAAACAAGUUCACUCUCUCAGAAGAUAAUGCGCUACGCGUCCUCGUGGAAAAAUUCGGGGAAUCCAAUUGGGAUUUAAUUUCGAAUAUGAUUCAAACAAGAAAUAGUAGACAAUGUCGUGAUAGAUGGGAAUAUUACUUAGCCCCAAAGCUUAACAAAAAUCCUUGGUCUGAAGAAGAAGAUAAAAAACUUAUUCAUCUUAUAAGAACUGUUGGCCCUCAUUGGGUCAAAGUUUCUAAAUAUUUUGAUGGAAGAACAGAUACACAAAUUAAAAAUAGAUGGAAUAUUCUAAAACGUAAGUUAUCAAAUGAGAAAUACAUUGAAACUUCAGAAGAUGAGCCUAAAGUUAAACAGGUUAGUGAUGAAAGUUGUAAAAUUCCUGUGAAGCGAGCGGAUAUUACCCAGCAAAUUGUUGUUAAUAACAAUGAUCCUAUUUUCGGAAAAAUUGAAAUUGCUUGCAAUCAAAUUGCGACAGAUCUUUCUGAUGACCCUUAUAUGGGAUUUUUAUAG